AUGUCCGCAUGGCAAGUAAGGUCAAUGUCUUUGAAAGGUCCAGCUUUGACAACGUACCACCCUUGUGGUUUAGGAUUAUUGCAUUUCGACAAGUUACUUGAUAACACCUGGAAAGGAGUAUUACACUUCGGUUUAUAUACAAAUCUCAUUGAAGCAGAUAUUGUGAUAAAUUUUCAGAAAGAGAGUACCAUAACUGGGGACUUUAUGUCGACUAACGUUGAAGCCCAACGGACAAACAAAUAUAGUUUUAUAGUACAUGCAGUUCUGCCGCUUCCAAAUAAAUUCACAUUUUAUAUUUCAACCGAUCAAAUAGCAGUGAACGAGACUGAUGUACCCACUGUCACAUACUUAAGUUUCAAUAACAUCACUCUUUGCAAUGAUCAGAUAAAGGCAUCACAAACAGUGAAAUCACUUAAUGUCACGGAAAGGUUUUCAUCAAAUUAUGCCCACGUUUGUGGCAGAAGAGCUCUUGACCACGAGGAGGUGGUAUCCGUCCGAACAGAAGCAAAGGCUGGUGACUGGCCAUGGCAUGUGGCUAUAUUCAUCAGGAAUAAUAAUAAUGGACUAAACUAUUUUUGUGGUGGAAACAUUGUGUCCAGAACUGCCAUAGUAACAGCUGGUCACUGUGUCUUCAAGGCAGGUGCUUUAGUAGCAGCAAACAGAAUUCUCGUAGUAGCUGGUACAAGCACCCACAAGGAUAUUAGCCAUAUUGGCAGACAGGCACUAAACGCUGUAGAGGUUAUUUUACAUCCCGCAUACCACGAUGAUUAUUCCACAGCAGACUUGGCUAUCAUAAGAGUACAUAGCUUCAAGUUCACCGAAUAUGUUCAGCCCAUUUGUCUUUGGGGGCCCGUCUACGAUAAAUAUAGUUUGUUUGGCAAGGAAGCCACGGUCGUUGGAUUCGGUUCAACUGAGUACAACAAGCAAUCCGAAACAUUAAGAUCCACUUACACAAUGGUGCAGAAUGAUACCAUUUGCGUUACUUUCUCUCCGACCAUCUACGCUAGAUUGCUCAAUGAAUUUACAUUCUGCGCUGGAUAUGGACCUGCAUCUACUAUUAAUCCACGUAAUGGAGACAGCGGCGGAGGUCUCGUGAUUCCUACAAUUCAGAAUGAUCAUAAAGUCAGCUGGUUUUUGCGCGGCAUUCUUUCUAAAUGCGGCGUCUCACCGGGCCACCAGGAAUGUGAUCCGAAAUACUAUGUAGUUUACACCGACGUUGCUCCACACUACGGCUGGAUCUAUCACCAUGCAGGCUUACAAUUUAGGAGUAACGUGCUUGUCUCUUGA